UAGUAUAGUGUUGUUAUGGUUUUUUUAUAGACAACUACUAAAUAUUUGAUAAUAUGCAAGUAUAUUCAUAUAUACUAAACUUGAUACUAUAUACUAGUUAUUUUGUUUGCAUAGAACAAGAUGAGUUUUGAUAGUUUAUUUUUAGGUCAAAUAUUAUCAAUAGUUUCUGUAGUAAUAUGCCAACGAAAUCGACCAGUUUGUUUGGCUGGCGGAGAAAUAGCUGAGAGUUUUGAAUUUCCUUUUAUGACAGUAAUACUUCAUAAGACUAUGUCAUGUUCAGGAUCUAUAAUAUCAGAAGAAUGGAUUUUAACAGCAGCUCACUGUUUUUCCAUAAGCCAAGUACUCAGUUUCAGAGCUAGUGAUGUAAAGGUGAUAGCUGGUAUGAUAAAUUAUGCACAAAAGGAUGAUUAUACCCAAAUCAGACAAGGGACUGAAGUUUAUAUACACCCUAAUUACAGAGUAAAACGAGUUGCUAACGACGACUUAGCUCUUAUUCGAGUUAGACCAUUUAUUAUGACAGUUGCUGUAAAUAUUAUUAAUUUAUCUAAUAAAGGAUUUCCAAUGAAUGAUUAUUUGGAGUGUACAGCUGUUGGUUGGGGAGAAAUUAACACACCAUCUGGUCGGCAUAAUACAAUCUUACACAAACUCAAAGUAUUUUCUUCGUCUUCAGCUAAAGCAUGUCCAGGUCUUACAGAAUGGGAAAGAACAAAAAUAAUAUGUCUACAGCAAGACCACGGAAAAGGAUUGUGUGACGGUGACUCUGGUGGUCCACUUAUUUGUCAAGAGGAAUUAUACGGGAUAGCUCAUCAAGUAUACAAAGAAAUAAGAUACGAUUAUGAACGAAAGGAUUUAGAACGCUGCGGGGCAUCCGGUAUUACUCACACAUAUAUGUUUGUGUGCCCAUAUCUCAAUUGGAUACAUCAUUAUAUUUCUACUAUACCACCCAUGCCACAAUCUUGUUAUCGAAAUCAAACAAAAUAA